CUUAUUAAAUAGUUUCAGUUUCUCAUGUUUUUGUGGAACUGGUUUUCGGGAACCCUUCAGUGGUUAGGUCUUUGGAAAAAGAACGGAAAACUUGUGUUUCUUGGCCUCGAUAAUGCUGGCAAGACGACACUGUUACAUCUCCUGAAAGAUGACCGAAUGGCACAGCACAAUCCAACUUGGCAUCCCACAUCCGAGAAUUUGUCCUUGGGUGGAAUAUCCUUCACAACCUUCGACUUGGGUGGCCAUGAACAGGCACGCCGAGUCUGGAAGACGUACUUUCCAGCGGUCGAUGCUGUCGUUUUUAUUGUCGAUGCGUCCGAUCGAAGCAGAUUCAACGAGGCCAAGCAAGAGCUCAUCAGCCUUAUGCAAGAUGAAACUAUAUCAGAAGCGCCUAUUUUGAUCUUGGGUAAUAAAAUUGACAAAGACGGCGCCGCUGGUGAAGAUGAACUCAGACACUUCUUUGGAAUGCAAGGACAGACUACUGGAAAGGGAAACAUCCCGAGGACAUCGCUGGCUUCUGGACAGAGACCAAUUGAGCUGUUCAUGUGCUCCAUUCUGAGAAAGCAAGGCUACGGGGAGGGAUUCAGAUGGGUGGCCCAGUACAUUUGAGGGAGAGGAAAGAACCACGAGUUAGGAAAACAAGGAUAGGACGACUAAGGCAGAUGAAAUCAGAAAAAAGACUUGUACCAAGCAUGGCGUAGUUCCCAUGCGAGAAUUCAUUUACUAUUGUUUAGGGUUGCAACGUAAAUAGGCAAUUACGCUCUUCUUGUAAAUUAAUUAAUUGUAAUUAUUUCCUGUAGUUGCAUUGGGACGAUCCAUGUUUUAACUUACGCGUUGUUAUCUACGACUAUAUAUAUUACUAUAUGGUUUAAUCAUAAAUUGAGACCUUAAGAUGCUUAA